GGCAAAAUUUCUUAUAUCAAAUGAUUAAGUAACAGAAAUAAUUGAAUAACAACAUGUAUGUCUAGUAAUUGAAAGUGUUCAAAUUUAAAAAGUAAAAUCGGGUAUUCGGUAUAGUUAAUUAUGGAGUUAAAUUUAAUGAUCCUAGAUGGCAGCACGUUUUCAGAAAAUUUGCUUUAUUGUUUCAAAAGGAAAUGUUCAUCCUCUGGUGUGAAAGUUUCAACAGAAUCCAAGAAUGCUUAUGAUGAAGUGAAGAAGGACAAGAGCUAUAGAUACAUAAUAUACCAUAUCAAAGAUGAAAAAAUUAUUGAUGUGGAAAUGAAAGGUGACAGAGGUGCUACCUAUGAUGAUUUUCUGAAAACCCUUGAUAAUUACAAGACAGAAUGUCGAUAUUGUGUGUUUGAUUUUCCUGUUGAUGUUGAAGUUCAAGGAAGUGAAGAUAAGCCUCCAAUGACAGUAGACAGAUUAGUAUUAUUGACUUGGUGUCCAGAGUCAUCGACAGUCAAACAGAAGAUGCUGUACUCUAGUAGUUGCGAUGCUAUCAAAAAAGCACUUGUAGGAAUCUACAAGUGUGUACAAGCUUGUGACUUUGAAGAAGCAUCUAAGGAAGUUAUACUGGAGUCACUUAAGAAGGGUGGAAAGUAAAUCAAGAUUUUUUUUUCAGUCUUCUGAUUGUCUACUUUGUUGUAAUAUUUAAUUUUGCAAAACAGACAUGAUUCCAUUAUACUCAAAUGCUGAGUGCAGAGUCAAAUAAUGUACUCUAAGUAAUGUUUGAAUCAUACAAUAUUUUUCCCAAAGCUCUUACAUGAUUACAGAAGUUUUAGAUCUUUUGUGAAUGUGUAUUAUAAUCUAUUUCCAUACUGAUUUUUCUUUUCAAAACCAUUCUUGAUCUGUAUUGGACUAAAUUUUUCAGCUUGAUUACACAAGGAUACAUUAAUUAUUGCUUAUUUGUCCGAAGUCUCUUGACUGAAUUUAGUAAUUGUAAUAACAUGAAUAUUUUAAUAAUAUUAAUGUAAUCUUGCAAAGAGGGAGAGAGAAUAAAGUCCUAGAUCAUUAAUUUUUUGCUAAUUCACAUGAUAUGCAUUUCAUUUAUUUUGUCAGAAGUUAAGUUUACAACUUCUGUGUUUAAAGCAUUUUUGUGUGUCUGGUAGUAUUUGCUUAAAUAAAAGUGUUUUGUUUAGAAAAUUAAUAACUUAACAAUAAUUACAGCUUAGACCAAAACUAAUAGUUCAUGGAAUGUAAUUAUUGAUUAGCUAAUUUCUGUCAAUAAAUAUUCAGUACAACAA